AUGGCUUCAGACACCUCAGAGACUCGUCCUGCAUUGUCGAAUGACCCGCCAGCUCCGCCCACCGCUCAGAACUCGGGUCUCCCUCCUAUGCCUCCAGGCGCCGCUCCACCCAUCGACCUCGACUCGAUCCUGCGUAAUGCCACUCCACCAGGCCCUAAGCCUGUCGUGCGAUCCCCGCGACCUAGCGCGGAGAAGGUCGACGAGCAAUGCUGGACAUUCUCCCGCCAGACGAACGCUCGAAGAGCCCUAGGCCGCGAAGCGCAGGCGACCAUGUACUGCUACAUCAACAUGCGGAACGCCCUCGCCGACCUCAUCCCCGUCCCCGGCCAUCCCGCCGCCUUCCUCGCCCGAGACGCCGCGCCUGGUUCACCUGCGGCAAACGAGGUCGGCCAGGACCCAUCGAAACGCGAGAAGCGGGUCAAGGUCGUUGCGGGCGAUCAAGAAGUGCCGGACUAUCGCUGGCGAUGGCUCGAUGGACGGUAUCUGUACAUUGCGCGAGGUCGCGAGAUGAUCGCUCGACACAUGCUCGAGAUGACAGGAUCGACGAGGCCGGACAAGGGCGACAUGGCGGACGAGCUGGUCGAGGAGAAGGGGCCUCUGCAUGGCAAGGUCAAGCGGAAGCUGAUGCCGGGUGCGGACGAGGAGCGAUUAGGCGCAUGGGGCACGAUUCGACGGAUAGAAGAGCGGACCGCCAAGGCGGAGGCGGAGCAGAUGCUGCCGGGCAAGCGGGAGGAGAACAUGCUGCGGCGAGCAAUGGGCUUCGAGCCGGAAGGGUCGGAACGCCUCGUCUCCCUCUCCGACGCAUUCUCCAAUACCCUCCAACGAUUCCACGCCCACAUCGUUCGUAUCUACUCUCCCGGCCUACGCAAUCUCGCACGACUCCCACAAACCUUCACCGACGGCACACAAGCCCAGAUGCUCGACACAGUCACAACGCGGUUGACGGACGGAAGCGCGUUCAGACUGCUCGGGCGGAUGUGGGAGAGUCUUGGCUCCGUCUCGGCGCAGCUGGAGGAGCGACGGAAGCGAAGAGGGAGUGGAGGAGGCGACCCAUUCGCAGGUGGAUUUGGGGGGUCGCAGCCGCCGCUUCCGCCUGUGCCGGGAGGUCCUCCUGGAGGCGGCGGACUGGGCAGGACGGGCAGCGAGCCCGAGGCGUGA